AUGGUCAGAGAUAUUAAGGUCAAAGAUUUGGUAAAGGCUAACUUCAUGUUGAACAUCGAUACUCACAAAGAUACUAAGUUACAGAAGUCUACUUCAAAAUCCGUUGGAUCCCAGGAGAUCACCUCUCCUGCCUCCCCAAACAGAGGAGACUCCAGAUGGGUGUUGGGACGAAAGUGCCAGAUAAGUCGCAUGCCGAUGUCUGAUGCUUUUCUCAAAAACAGAGCAGAGUCAUCCUUACGAAAUACCGUGGCUCUUCACCUUCUGAAAGCUGGAGGCAGUUACAGUUAUCAAAAUAAAUACACAUUUCAGGCGGCAGGUUUAGCAAAGGGAAAUCAAUAUAAGAUUGGAAGUGGCGAGCAUGGCUGGGAACAAGGUGACAGUGAAGAGGCUACUCCUCUAGUCCAGUCAGAGGACGCCGCCCUGGCAGGAGGCACGACCAUGAUCAUUGAUUUUGCCAUUCCUCAGAAGGGCGGCUCCCUCCUCAAGGCCUUUGAGACCUGGCGAAGCUGGGCUGAUCCCAAAGUCUGCUGUGACUACAGUCUUCACGUGGCAGUGACAUGGUGGAGUGACCAGGUUAAAGAAGAAAUGAAAAUCCUUGCCCAGGACAAAGGUGUGAACUCUUUCAAGAUGUUCAUGGCCUACAAAGACCUGUACAUGGUGAGAGAUGAGGAACUGUAUGCCGCCUUCUCCCAGUGCAAGGAAAUCGGAGCGAUUGCUCAGGUCCAUGCGGAAAAUGGAGACCUGAUCGCAGAGGGGGCCAAGAAGAUGCUGGCGUUGGGGAUAACGGGGCCCGAAGGCCACGAGCUGUGCCGCCCGGAAGCAGUGGAGGCAGAGGCCACGCUGAGAGCCAUCACCAUAGCCGGCGCCGUGAACUGCCCUCUCUACGUGGUGCACGUGAUGAGCAAGUCUGCCGCCAAGGUGAUCGCGGACGCGAGGAGAGACGGGAAAGUGGUCUAUGGAGAACCCAUAGCGGCAAGUCUCGGCACAGAUGGCACUCACUACUGGCAUAAAGACUGGCACCAUGCAGCCCACCAUGUUAUGGGCCCACCCCUGCGACCAGACCCCUCAACGCCUGACUUCCUCAUGAAUCUGUUGGCUAAUGGUGAUCUAACCACAACAGGAACUGACCACUGCACUUUCAACACCUGCCAGAAAGCUCUUGGGAAGGAUGAUUUCACGAAGAUUCCCAAUGGGGUGAAUGGUGUUGAGGACCGGAUGUCCGUAAUAUGGGAAAAAGGCGUGCAUAGUGGUAAAAUGGAUGAAAAUCGAUUUGUAGCAGUUACCAGCACAAAUGCAGCUAAAGUCUUUAAUCUCUAUCCAAGGAAAGGAAGAAUUGCCAUGGGAUCAGACGCAGACAUUGUGAUUUGGGACCCAAAAGCCACAAGGACUAUUUCGGCAAAAACUCAUCAUCAGGCUGUUAACUUCAAUAUCUUCGAGGGCAUGGUUUGCCACGGGGUGCCCCUUGUGACCAUCUCCAGAGGCAAAGUGGUGUAUGAAGCCGGGGUUCUCAGCGUCACAGCGGGAGAUGGAAAGUUUAUUCCUCGCAAACCGUUUGCUGAGUAUAUUUACAAACGGAUCGAGCAGCGGGACCAGCAGAUAAAUCAUACUUAUGACCUGAGAGCUUCUGUUGUUCUUUAUGAUUCACUGAUCAACCGUGAAUGAAGAAACAAAUGCUGAAAUUUUGGUGACAGCAUAUUGGUGAUUCUCUCCAGGAGACUGCGGCCUCGCAAAGAAUCAGAGACCAAGAGAGGGUGGCUUUCUGAGAGAUUCUGUAGCCCAACUCCUUCAUUUUUAUAGAUGACAAAAUUCAGCUUGGAAAGGUGAAGUGAAUUUUGCAAAGUCAUCUAGCUAAUUGGUGGUAAAAGGGAUUUUGAACCCAUUUGGGUUUUUUUGACUUGGAGUCCCCAUUGUAUCAUGCCCUGUAUCAACUCAUGCAUUUCUAAAAACGCUUCCUGUAUUAUUAGGCAGGCAAAUCCAGCUUGCUGCUUGGUUUUGCAAAUAAAGUUUUAUUGAAACACAGUCCCUUCACAAAAAA